GGUCAAUCCCCUGUCGCGUAGUGGGUGACCAGCUUCAAUCGUAACACCUUUACAAGGACGGUUCAGGCCACUUUCGCUCAACUAGUGUAACCGUUUUUCCCGCUUUUAUCCUUCAGGUCUGACCAUGCGAGGGACAUAUUUCCUCCUGAUCCCUGCUCUGCUGCUCCUCCUGGCCUUUCCCGUCUCCAGGGGACGCUACAAUGAUGAUUUUGAUGAUGGGGAGGACCUGGCAGACUUUGAUGACAAUGACUUUGCUGAGUUUGAGGACAUGAAUGAUGAUCAGGCAGCAGAGACUGAAACUGCCCCGCCACCCCGUGUAUCACAGUCCUCACAGCCAGAUGAGGAUGAGGAUGAAGAUGAAGCCACAGUGGAGCUAGAGGAUGGCCUGGAUGGUUUUGAUGACUCUGAGACACAGGAUCAAGACAUGUACAGCAAGUAUGACCAGGAAGAGUUUGAGGGGAUGGAGAAGGACAUGGAGAAGACGGGCCACUCCAUGAAGGACCCCCUCAUAAUCCACACAGUCCCUGCACAUCUGCAGAACAGCUGGGAGAGUUACUACAUGGAGAUCCUGAUGGUGACCGGCCUGUUAGCUUACAUCAUGAAUUACAUAAUAGGCAAGAACAAGAACAGCCGCCUCGCUCAGGCCUGGUUCAACUCGCACAGAGAACUUCUGGAGAGCAACUUUGCACUAGUGGGUGAUGAUGGCACAAGUAAAGAAGCAGUAAGCACUGGGAAGUUAAACCAGGAAAAUGAGCACAUCUAUAACCUGUGGUGCUCAGGUCGUGUGUGCUGUGAAGGAAUGCUGAUCCAACUCAAAUUUCUGAAGAGGCAGGACCUCCUUAAUGUUCUGGCCAGGAUGAUGAGGCCAGCCUGUGACCAAGUGCAAAUCAAAGUGACUCUUAAUGAUGAAGACAUGGAUACUUUUGUGUUUGCUGUUGGCACCAAGAAAGCCAUGGCCAGGCUUCAGAAGGAGAUGCAGGACUUGAGUGAGUUCUGCGGAGACAAGCCUAAGUCAGGGGCCAAGUAUGGGCUCCCAGACUCCCUGGCUGUUCUCAGUGAGAUGGGCGAGGUCACAGAUGGGGUGAUGGACAACAAGAUGGUGCAUUAUAUCACCAACCAUGCUGACAAGAUCGAGUCCAUCCAUUUCUCGGACCAAUUUUCUGGUCCAAAAGUUAUGCAAGAGGAGGGUCAGCCUUUAAAGCUGCCUGAGACCAAGAAGACGCUGCUGUUUACAUUUAAUGUGCCUGGCAUGGGCAACACCUCUCCCAAAGACAUGGACACUCUGCUUCCUCUCAUGAAUAUGGUGAUCUACAGCAUUGACAAAGUCAAGAAGCUCCGUCUCAACAGAGAGGGUAAAAUGAAAGCAGACAGAAACCGCGCCCGUGUGGAAGAGAACUUCCUGAAGCAGACGCACGCUCAGCGCCAGGAGGCCGCACAGACACGCCGUGAGGAGAAGAAGAGAGCUGAGAAGGAGAGGAUCAUGAAUGAGGAGGAUCCUGAGAGACAGCGUCGUCUGGAGGAGGCAGCUCAGCGCCGCGAGCAGAAGAAGAUCGAGAAGAAGCAGAUGAAGAUGAAGCAAAUCAAAGUGAAAGCCAUGUGAAUGAUCACUACAGGGAAAGUGACACAAGCACACAUGAAAGCUGUGCUCAUUUUAGACAGUUUUCCUCCGGCUUCUCUCACCACAGUCCAGCUCCAAACAGACAUCCUGUGCCUCUGUUAAGCUUAGCUGUCUGUCACCAACUGCUCCGUUUGGCUUAACCUUAAUGACUGAGUGUGUGACCUGUCUGUAUCAAGUGAAAGGGACUUUCUUCAUCAAAUCCGUCACCGUAAUUCAAGCCUUUUUUUUUUUCUUUAACUGUCCAAAUAUCUUCUCAAAAUGAAUUGAAAUUGUCUGAAAGCUGUGUAGCUUUUUGAGGUUUUUUUAAACUUAAUCUGCUGGAAAGGAUCAAAAUGGUUGGGUGGUGUUGAGCCACAUUUUUAAAGGAAUUCAAGCAUUGCUAUGGUUUCAGUGGUUAUUUAUAAGCAUUAAUAUAAUCUUUCUCAAUUUUUUAUUUAUACCUGCUAUGAGAUUGGUUUCUUGCUGGCUGGUUUUCAUGAAUAUCUGAAAAACAUAAUAAAAUGCACUGGAUUCUGUCA